CGGAAGCCGUUGGCGGGCGUGCCUCUCGGCGGAAGAGACGGCAGCGGCGGAAACGCGCCGCGUGCACAGGCGCAGCUGCGUCCUCUGGCUCCGGGUCCGGCUAGAUUCACUCCAGAGAUUGCGCGAGCCCAGGGACUAGGCCCGUGGCCACACCCCCUUGCGACAAAGACCAAUGGAAGCGUGCGUUGCUGGUCGUUAAGGAAACCCCCGGCAGCAAGAUGGCGGCGGCCGGCGAGGGCACCCGGAGCUCCCGCAGGCCGCGCCGGGACCCGCCGAGGCGGCCGCCCCGGGACGGUUAUGGUGUCUACGUAUACCCAAAUUCCUUCUUUCGAUAUGAAGGAGAAUGGAAAGGAGGAAAGAAACACGGCCACGGGAAGUUGUUAUUUAAAGAUGGCAGUUAUUACGAAGGGGCGUUUGUGGACGGAGAGAUCACGGGCGAGGGCCGCCGGCACUGGGCCUGGUCAGGGGACACCUUCUCUGGACAGUUUGUCCUGGGAGAGCCUCAAGGACGUGGCGUCAUGGAGUACAAAGCCGGCGGGUGUUACGAAGGGGAGGUCUCCCACGGCGCGCGGGAAGGACAUGGGUUUCUGGUGGAUCAGGAUGGACAGGUGUACCAGGGCUCCUUCCAUGGCAACAAGAGGCACGGGCCGGGGCAGAUGCUCUUUAAGAACGGUGACAAGUAUGACGGCGACUGGGUCCGGGACCAGCGUCAGGGACAUGGGGUGCUGCGCUGCGCCGACGGCUCCACCUAUGAGGGACAGUGGCACAGCGACGUCUUUAGUGGACUGGGCAGCAUGGCCCACUGCUCAGGGCUCACCUAUUCUGGGCUGUGGAUCAAUGGCCACCCAGCAGAACAAGCCACGAAGAUGGUGAUCUUGGGUCCGGAGGUGAUGGAAGUGGUCCAAGGCUGUCCCUUCUCGGUGCACAUUCAGCUGCUGCAGGACCAAGGGGAGAUUGCCCAGGGUGAGAGCGGCCGGGUCCUGCAGAUCUCAGCGGCUGUCAGAUACGUGCAGCUGCCGGCGUACUCUGAGGUCAGCUUUUUCCAAGUGGACAGAGACAGCCAAGAGACGCUCAUCCAGACCCCAUUUGGGUUCGAAUGCAUCCCCUAUCCUGUGUCCAGCCGUGAAGCUGGGGUGCUGGGGCCCAGAGCUACCAAGGGAGCUGCAGAAACCUCCAUGCCCCUGCCUGGGGGAGACCAGGAGCUGGAUUCGGAUGCCGCCCAUGGCCAGGAGGACACCCUCAGUGACCAGCUUGCCAGGGGGUGCGCGCCCUGUUGUCCCGGGGCCUGUCAGCGAGUGCAGCAGGGCCGUGCCGCUUUCACAGAUGUCCUCCUGGGGCCGCCCCCGCCCGGGUACCACCCCUUCCUGUUCCUGGACAGCCUCCACAAGAAGGCAGGCAGCAGAUCCAGAGGCGGCCCGCACCCCAGGGCAGCACCACCCACCGCACCAGAGCCACCGGGAGGCAGCAGGCCUGAGGGGAGAGCCAUGGAGGAGCGGACUUCGGCGGCAGCAUACCCAGGUAGGUGGGCGGGACCCACGUGCGUCAUCAGCCACGCCACUCUCUGGAGAGGCGACAGGCCACAGUCCAGGGCUGGGGAGUUUCAGACCAUCCUGGCCAACACAGUGAGACCCCAUCCCCACAACAGUUGGGGGCACUUGGCCGAAGCAGCAGGUGGAGAUGUGGGAGAGCCGGGCCCUCCCAGGGGCCUGAAUGAUAAGGGGCUGGUGGCUUGCUGAGGGGGAUGGUCCGGGAAGACGUGAAGUUGGGCUGACACAGCCCUUGAUGUGGGGAAUAUCCUAGCAGGGAGGAAAGCCUGGGGCAGGGUGCACAGGGUGCAGAGGCCUUGGAGGCUGAGGGGAGCUGCGGGAAGCUGCCAAGGCCCAGGGUGGCUGAGCCGUGAGGGGCUGCUCCCCAGCAAGGCCGACGGCAGGGCCUGGGGGGCCUGGGGGGCCUGGGCUGGGCAUGAGGCUCCUCCUGGCACGGGAGCUGCUGUGGGGACUGCAAGAAGGGUCCCAGUGAGGGCCUGGAGGAGGCUCAGGUGCAGACCCCCAGGCCAUGGGGCCUCCUCCAGCAGCCGCAGUCCUGGGGCUGAACUCCACGGCCUGAGACUGGCAUCUCCCCCCACAGCCUGAGGGGCGGAGUGCCAGGGUGCCUAGGCUACACCAAGGCGUGGUCCCCAGCAGGGCACGGGUGCAGUGGCUGGCAGGGUACCUGGUGGAGAGCAGAGCCUCUCUGAACCCUGGGCCAGCGAGAGUGAUCCUUCCUCUGGUGUCUCUGGGGUUCUGGCAGGAGAGCCAAAGGCUGGGAGGUCUGGGCCCACCGCUUGCUGGGGUCUGGAUGCCUCUAUGGAGCUGCCCCUGGUGCAGCCAGAAGGCAAGCGGAGCCACCCUGGUUGGGGGGACGGUCUGGUGUAGCUGGGGCUGCAGCCAGCAAGGGCUUGGGUCCCGGGUGGCGUCCCCCAUGGUCCCAGAGCAGCCCUCACACCAUCCACCGCCCCAGCCCCAUCCUGGCCAUCCCAGGAGAAGCAGGUAGGUGAGGGUGGGGGGCGGGGACAUCUCACACCGACAAGAAUCAGCUGGGUCCCGGCGUCUCUGUGCAGCCCCCAGCCCCGGAGAACACCACCUGCCCACCCAGGGUUUCCGAGCUCCGCAGAGACAGCUCUGGGGGUGAGGAGCAAAGGGAGAUGGAUGUGGGGCCACUCCAGUGCAGCUGCGGCCGAGGCCCAGGUGAGAGCUGGCCCAGGGCUAGAUCCCGUGGCCGUCAAGGCCCAGCCUGCCGCACUGUGGCUGCCAGCCAGAGCCCGUCCCGCCUGCCCUUCCCGUCUGCCAGGCUGCCAGCCUCGGGAGCGGGGUCAGAUGGGGCUUGUGGCCCGGCUCCUCAGUCACUGCCUGCCGAGCUCUCCCGGCCCCGGCCAGCGCCUUGGCUGCCGCUGGGCAAGCUGUAUUCCUGGGAACACCUAGAAACCAGCUGCUUGGAAACACCGUGGCGUUGCCAUGCACGGCUCUCCCUCCGCCCACCAGGGAGGCUGGCCCUGGUGCCCACUGCGCUGUGGCUGCAGAACAUGUGCCCCCUGGCGAGGUCCCCCUAGACCUUGUUUCUUUCUAAAGGAACUGACUCAGGGCCAAGCACGUGGCCCCAGGCCCCGAGGCUCGCGCUAGUCCAGCCCAGGAGCGCACAGGCGGCAGCGCCCGUGGCCCGGCCGGAGGAGGCCGCCGCUCCGCUCUGCUCGGGGAGGGAGCGCCGUUUUCCAGGCCGGCGGCGUCUGGAAUGUGUCUCUGCCUUGCGGUGUGAGCCGACUCCUGCCCCGUUUCAGCGCGGCGGCAUUCCUGGUGUGAGCCCGGGCCAGCCCGGCGCCUUUUCCACGCUCCAGUGCCAGCCCCACGGGCUCCGGGGACGGGAGAGGACGGUUUCCAUGGCAACCUCACUUUUGUUAUUUCUUAUUUUCUUUUUUAUGGUUUCUCCAACUUUGAAGCUCUCCAGACAGUUUACAGGCUGUGAAAGGAAAAGUCCUUUCCCUUCUCUCCCGAGUCCCCCCAGCAGGGCCGCCCCCCAACCCCACCUAGAGAGCCCGCCGCGGUGCGGGGAAGGGGCUGGGCCGGGGGCUUCGAAAGCAAACCAGACAGCUCUCGCCUUUGGAGGGUUCAUUAUUUUUAAAAUCAGUUUAUGGAGGAAAGGAAUGAUUUUUAUCCUAAGAAGGUAGGAAAGUAUUUGCAAAAGAAUGCCCCAGGAGCCCCGCAGCAGGUCGGCAGCAAGGGGCCCCCGAGCGGCUGCCUGGCAAGGGUCACUUCCGUCCUCACCAGCCUCUGAGCAGGAGGCCGUAGCUAGGCUGUGGCCUGAGGUCGGAGCUGGUUUGCUUCGCCCAAAUCGGUUUAUUCACCUACGCCGACUGUGCGUCUAGCACCCCAGGCCUGGUCCAGUGGCUGGUCCUGUGGUUACGGUGCCAAGAAUCCCGGAACCCAGGCAGAGAUGACCAGGGUGGGGGGCACAGGGGCCGGUGUGGACACGAGACA